UAUGCUUCGGUAUUGUCGUAUUAUUUCCUGCUUGGCGGGACCGAUUCCAUGACCGACACAAUUGCCCAGUCGUGAACUUCAGCAUUUCAUCCCACAGCGAGCUGUGAUACUGAUGUCCGUAUUCCCAACAGCCCGUGCACGGGAAACCCUACGCUCCUCAGUCUCCGCUGCUCUGUCUUCAGCCUCGACCCCCGCCGGCCUCCGCCGCGUCCACGCACUGAUAAUCACUGCUGGGCUCUACCGCUCCGAGUUCUUCGCCGGCAAGCUGAUAAGCAAGUAUGCUCAUUUCAGAGACCCCAAGAGCUCCCUCUCCGUCUUCCGCCGUGCCUCCCCCACCAACAACGUCUACCAGUGGAACUCCAUUGUCAGGGCCUUCACGCACAACGGUUUCUUCCUCAGGGCCCUCCACUUCUACACCGAAAUGCGACGCGCUGGGGUUCUACCCGACACUUAUACUUUCCCUUCUGUCAUCAACGCCUGCGCUGGGUCCCUCGAUGUCGAAACCGGAAGGGUUGUUCACGGGCAGGUCCUGGAGUUGGGUUUCGGCUCGGACUUGUAUAUAGGCAAUGCCGUCAUCGACAUGUAUGCCAGAUUCACUGAUCUUCAUAACGCCCACGCUGUGUUUGAUAAAAUGUCUGAGAGGGAUGUCGUUUCUUGGAAUAGCCUGAUUUCCGGGUACAGCUCGAAUGGAUACUUUGAAGAGGCAAUGUAUGUCUAUCGGGGGAUGAGAAAGGAGGGGAUUUUGAUCGAUUUAUAUACCGUGUCAAGUGUUCUUCCUGCCUGUGGAGGCCUAGUUGCACUGGAAGACGGUUGGGCGCUUCACGGUUUGGUCGCAAAGAGUGGGAUGGGAUCCGAUACCAUUGUGAGCAAUGGGCUUCUUUCUAUGUACUUCAAGUUCAACGAUAUACGGGGGGCCCAGAAAAUUUUCAGUGACAUUGUAUUUAAAGAUAGUGUUAGUUGGAACACCAUGAUAUGUGGUUAUUGUCAGCUGGAAUUGUUUGAGGAGUCGAUCAAGCUGUUCAUGGAGAUGAUUGAAACAUUUACACCCGACAUCCUGACAAUAACUUCUGUUCUCCGUGCUUGUGGACAUUUGCAAGACUGUGAGCUUGGGAAAUUUGUAAAUAAUUAUAUGGUUGAGAAGGGGUUAGAGCUUGACACAAGAGCAAACAAUAUUCUUCUUGACAUGCACAUAAAGAGUGGAAAUUUUACAGCUGCUAUGAAAGUAUUUAACGAGAUGGAUUGCAAGGACCAUGUGUCUUGGAAUUCAAUGAUCAGUGGUUGUGUCCAGUAUGGCCAUCAAGAUGAAGCAGUGCGGCUUUUCAGAAUGAUGAAAUUGGGGAUGAAACCUGAUUCGGUAACUCAUCUGAUACUUCUGUCUGUGUCCUCACACUUUUCAGAUCUCUUUCUGGGCAAACAAGUCCAUUGCGAGACAGUUAAAUCUGGACAUGUUUCAGAGCUAUGCCUUAGUAAUGGUCUCAUUGAUAUGUAUGCCAAAUGUAAAGAAAUAGAUGACUCUCUGAAAUUAUUUGAGAGCAUGAGCAUUCGUGAUGUAGUUACAUGGAACACAGUUAUAUCCACAUGUGUUCAUCAUGAGGAUUGUGAGUUAGGGUUUAUAUUGUUGGGCCGGAUGAGAAAUGAUGGAGUGUCACCAGAUAAGGCCACCUUUUUAGGUGUCCUUCCAAUUUGCUCCCUUCUCGCUGCCAAGAGGCAUGGGAAGGAGAUUCAUGGCUGCAUUUUCAGAUUAGGUUUUGAAUCAGAAGUUUCCAUAGGGAAUGCUCUAAUUGAUAUGUAUUCCAAAUGUGGAAAUAUAGGGUACACUAUUAAAAUAUUCGAGCUUCUCAAAGGGAGAGAUGUCGUUACCUGGACAACAUUGAUCACUGCUUACGGCAUGUAUGGUGAGGGAAAGAAAGCUAUAAAAGCUUUCACAGAUAUGGAAGAAUGUGGUAUCCUUCCCGAUCCUGUCGCAUUUAUUGCUGUCCUUUAUGCCUGCAGCCACUCAGGUUUGGUGGAAGAGGGUCUACAGUUCUUUCAUUACAUGAAGAGCCAGUACAACUUUGAACCUCAAAUUGAACACUAUGCUUCUGUUGUUGAUCUUCUUGCUAGAUCUGGAUGCCUUGUCGAAGCUGAAAAUUUUAUUCAUUCAAUGCCGUUGAAGCCUGAUGUGAGUAUCUGGGGGGCUUUACUUAGUGCUUGUCGGGCAAAUAGUGGCAUAGGACUAGCAGAACGGAUUUCCAAGAGAAUAAUUGAAUUGGAUUCAGAAAAUACAGGGUAUCAUGUCCUGGUUUCAAAUGUAUAUGCAGCUUUAGGGAAAUGGGACCAAGUGAAAAUGGUACGUAAAUCAAUUAAAUCGAGAGAGCUCAGAAAAGAUCCAGGCUCCAGCUGGAUGGAGAUUAGGAGAAAGUUGUAUAUAUUUAGGACAGGAGAUCAAUGCUUUGAACAGUCAGAAGAGGUCUAUGAAUUGUUAGAGACUCUUGGUGAUUCGAUGGUCAAACAAGGAUAUGUGCCUGAUUUGCAAUGUGUUCUUCAUGAUGUUGGGGAUGAUGAAAAAAGAGAAAUGCUUCAAGGGCACAGUGAAAGGUUAGCAAUUGCAUUCGGUUUGCUGAACACAGCACGAGGAAGCCCCUUGCAGAUAAUGAAGAACCUUAGGGUUUGUCCCGAUUGCCACGCUGUUACCAAAUACAUAUCAAACAUCACGCAGAGAGAAAUCUUAGUCAGAGAUGCUAAUAGGUUCCAUCUGUUCAGGAAUGGAACCUGUAGCUGUGGGGACUUAUGGUGAGAGACUACCUUUAUUCAGUCUGAUGGGCUUUUACAAUUGAGAUUCAGGAUAUAUCCAUUGCUGUCUAUUACCCCAAAAGGGAAGAACAUUCUGCGUUGAACCACAGAACAAGGCUUGAAAACGGCAAGGCAGUAUGAAAGAGACUGGGUCCUCUCAGAAAUAAAAGCAGAGAAGAGCCCUAUAAUAACUGCAAGGGAUGUGGCAGGCCGUUGUCUAGGUUUGUAUUAUGUGCCCCUUGACAAAGUGGAUAUUUGUGUGGGAAAUCAAUCUCUUUCUAGCAUAGACCCUUUAAUAAUUCUUUGUACAUUUUCUUUUUUCGUAUGUAAAUAAUCAUGUCAUGCCAUCAUAUUACCACUGGGAUCUAUUUGGUGACAGAUGUGAAGGACGUAAAAUAUGUGAUCAACUAUGACUUUCCUGUGCCCUUGAGGAUUAUGUCCAGAGUUGGUAGAAUGGGAAGGGCCGGGGCAAAAGGGGCAGCAUAAAACUUUCUUUACUGCUGCAAAAGCGAGAGUCGCUGAGGAAUUGAUACACAUCCUCGAGCAAGCUGGGCAGAAACUGAGCGCCACACUGGUGGCUCUAAGGCGUGAUGCUCCACUGCUCCACCUCCUUCAGGGGUGUGAGAAGUCACGUUGCGACCUGUGGAAAAAGCGGCCACCAAAAUACAGAUUGCUGGCAGUUGGUGGAUUACCACCAAAUAGAGAGUCCAAGAAAUGGAAGGGGACUAUUAGGGCGAAUCAAAUAAAUAUUAGAAUAUCUGAUAUUAUUAUGGAGAAUCAAAUCAGUACUAUUUAGAAGAUUGUAUUUGUGAGGGAUCUUAUAUAUUUAGUAGAAGUAUCUUUCUUGGUAU